UUCAGUUCAGAUUGGUUUUUUUUUACUCUUAAGGUCAACUAUUUAUGUAACUUAAAUUAUUGUUUUUGUCCUGGUGAUAGUUGGGAUCAGGCUAAGGUUAAGUCGUUGACUUGUUGUGAAGUAUACAUAUCAAACUGCACCAUCUUAGUCUCUUGUGCUAAUAACCAUUUCUUCCUUCAAAAUGGCCAGCUCAAUCCUCUACUUUUCCUUUGUUUUAAUUCUCCCUUUUGUCUGUUCAAUUCACUUUGACAUAACUCGUUUCAACCAAAACAGUCCUGAAAUAUCAUACCAAGGAGAUGCAAGAGCAAACGGAGAUUGCCGUUCCGGUUGGGCUACUUAUGAUAAAGAGGAUUCCGGUAUUACAAAGAUCUUGUAAUAGCUGCUAACAACUUCUCAGAUGUUAGGAAGCUAGGGGAAGGUGGGUUUGGAGCGGUGUAUAAAGGGUACUGAAACGGCUUAGAUAUGAUGGUUGCUAUAAAGAAGUUUGCGCGAGGGUCUAAGCAAGGGAGGAGAGAGUUCAUAACGGAAGUAAAGAUAAUUUAGCAGCUUGAGACAUCGAUACCUUGUUCAACUCAUUGGUUGAUGUCAUGAAAAAGAUGAAUUUCUAAUGGUAUACGAGCUCAUGCAAAGAAUCUGAUGUUUAUAGCUUUGGAAUUGUUACAUUAGAGAUUGUUACUGGAAGAAAAUCUGUUGAUCCGAGACAAGGAAGAGUUGAGCCUGAGACGAGCCGUGUAGAGAAACUGAGAAAGUGUGGGAGUUGUAUGGUAAAGGGGAAGUGAUCACAGUUGUGGAUGAGAAGCUCAGGGUUGAUGGUUUUGAUGAGAAGCAAGGAAGUGUCUUAUGGUUGUAGGGCUAUGGUGAUAGGAAAGCUCAUAUCACUCUGUAAAGUGAUAGGAAAGCUCAUAAAAUCUAUAAAAAUUAUCUCUGUUUAAUUUAGAAUUUUUUUUUAUUUGUUUCAUGUUUAAUCUCAACGAAACACCAACAAGAAAUAUACUUUUUCUUAUUUAUUUAUUCAAUUUUAAAAAUUAUAGGUUAUUUUUUUUUCUUUUCCAAAUUAUUUACACAAGAUCUUCUUACAUUUGAAUUUAAUUUAUAAUUAGUUUUUGUCAUAUUUAGUGGUAUGAAUGUUAAUGGUUAACAUCUUAUAUUUUGAUUAUUUAUGAUAUAUGCAAAAAACGGAUAUUUGUUAAGUCUUUUUUUCAUACGAAUAUUGGUUUUCUGAUUUUUUUUAGAAAAUUAGAAAGUAAUUUCAUAAACUGAUGAAUAUGAUUUAUAGUAAAAAAUUAAAGAAGAUCAUCUAAGCAUGAAUCAUUUUUAUUUUAUAAUUAUAUUUUAUUGUUUUAUAUCAUUUGAAAUUAUAUAAUAAUUAUUAUCAACAUAUGUAUAUUUAAUAAUACAUUUAAAACUAGCCUUAGGUCCCAAGAAGGCUCGCACGGCACUGCAGUGAUAAUAAUGUAACACGACUAAUAAUUAGUUAUCAAUCUGUAAAUUUAACCAUUCUGGCAGGAAUGGUUUGGCACGGUCCUGCAUGCAUGAGGAUGUUUUUCACGGUAGUAAUAUCUUUUUUUUUGGUGUUGAAAGAGAUUUGAGGACAUUAUAGAAGUGAUACACAUAGGCGGAUCGGAUGGAAAUGAACAAACGCUGUAUGCAACGAUGGAGUUGAAUUCUCCCGCCAUGAUUCCAGGUAUCCUAACCGAAGGGGUCUACGGGACCAAAUACACCAUCAAUGGAAAACAUGUAUGGGCUCGAAAAUUCAUUCCCAGUCACAAAUCCUACAACAAUAAUCUUCUUUCCCAUUCAUAUGGAAACCUCUUCUAGUUACAUAUGUUUUUCUUGUUUUUUUUUUUUUUACCUUAAGAAGUUGUGAAGGGCAUGUGCCCAUUUCUACAAAUUUGAGACCUAUUUUUAUUAUGGAGGGGGUUAGGGGGAUUUUCAUUGGUGAUUGACAUGUGGUUGCAUCUCUGAACUAUUUUGCAUGGACCAAGUUGGUCACUUUUCAUACAUCUUUCACUUUAUGUCUAUGCUAUGCUAAUCUUCCUUGGGCAUUAUGGGCACUCUUGUCCAAAAGUAACAAAAAAUGAUGUGAAAAAGAUUUUUUUUUAAAAAGUUAACGAUUUAUUUCCACACAAUAACUAUCAUAUCUUAACAAAUUCACACAAACUUUCAUUCUCGUAAUAAUUGAACACAAUUUAACUAUCUCAACCUAUUACCCCCCCCCCCCCUCUCCCAAUUCGAAAGAUCAAAACCUGAAUCCACAUGAAAUUUAAUGUCCGAUUUAAAACCGACACAAAGCGGUUACUGUUGGUUAACUAGCUUUUCAUUAAAAAGUUAACCAAUAGUUAACCUAAUUUAACCCAAAUUACCCGAUUAGAAAGGUUUAACCGGCAUAAAUGGACCAACAAACCUGAAUCUAGAACUAAAUCCUAUAACCCAACCCAAAAACCCGACAUAUUUAACCCUAAAAAUAAUAACCCAGAUCUGAAAAACUUGUUAACUCAAUAGGUUCUAAUUUCAAAAUCGUAAAUGAAAGUGAAGUUUGAGAGAAGAUUGAAGUCAAAGAGAAAAAAUUAAAGGCACCAUAGAUACAAUAUACUUAUCUGUAAUAUUCGUUAAAAAAGAGAUCUAUAUUUGCAGAGAAGCUGCGGAGAAGAUGAAGUUUUACUAACAGAUACGUAGGCUAGUAGUUAUAUGGGACUAUAUAUAUUAACUUUGUACGACAAAGAUGCAAUAGUCUGGUGGCUGGUGCCUUAUUAAAAAGGGAAGCUGUCACAAGUUCGAACCUACGUAUAUAGAUCUAUCACUAAUGUAAAAAAUCUUGUUCAAAACAUAACUAAAUAAAAAUAAAACAGUCACCAAUUAUACCCUAAAAAAUAAAAGCAAUAUUUUCUAAAAAAUCUUAAUAAAUUUGGAUGAUAUAGUUUAUUACUGUAUUUGAUAAAAGUUUUGAUAAGUACGUAUAUUUUUAAAUAGUAACGAUCUAUAUUAAAUUGGUAUGUUAUCUAGCUAAUUAGAAAACAAAAUUUACAUUGUUUUUCUUUCUCAUUUCUAAAUCAAUAGAUUUAAAAUAAAAAAAUUGGAUGAUAUAUCUUAAUUGAUAAUUUUUUGAUAAGUACGUAUAUUUUUAAAUAGUAAUGAUCUAUAUUAAAUUGGUAUGUUAUCUAGCUAAUUUUAGAAAACAAAAUUUACAUGGAUUCGCUUUCGCAUUUCUAAAUCAAUAGAUUUUAAAGAAAAAUUUGGAUGAUAUAGUUUCUUUGAUAAAAUUUUUGAUAAGUACGUAUAUUUUUAAAUACUAAUGAUCUAUAUUAAAUUGGUAUGUUAUCUAGCUAAUUUAAGAAAAUAAAGUUUACAUCAUUUCACUUUCGUAUUUUUAAGUCAAUAAAAAAUUUGGAUGAUAUAAGUUUAUUUGAUAAAAGUUUUGAUAAGUAUGUAUAUUUUUAAAUAGUAACGAUCUAUAUAAAAUUGGUAUGUUAUCUAGCUAAUUUUAGAAAACAAAAUUUACAUGGAUUCGCUUUCGCAUUUCUAAAUCAAUAAAUUUUAAAGAAAAAUAGUAAUGUAUUCAAAACAAAAACAAAGUUCUACUCACUUUUGACCGAGAUUGAGCCAGUUAAACAGCUAUCCGAAAAGAAAUACUCAAAAUUUUAUCUAUUGAGUUUGGACCAUAAUUCUGAACAAUUUUAUUUUACUUACUUGUAUAAUAAAAAUAAUUUCAUUAAUUAUUAUUUUUAUUGAUUAGACGAACAUGUUAUUUCUAGUAAAAAUAAUAAAAAAAUAUUUUAAAUGAAAGUAAAAUAAAUAUUUUCACAUAUAUUAAAAAUUAGGACAUUUUUCUAUUGCUAUUUUACUAGCGGGUUUAACCCCAGUAAAAAUAAAAAGUAAUAAAAAAAGGAAACAAGAGGAGAUUUAUAGAAAGUCAAAGAAUGUGUAAAUUCAUGAGAAGACUCUUAGUAAAGAAAAUGAGGAUAUAUACUCACCAUUUCACUAGAUACCACCCAAAGUAAACUCAUAUCCGCUAGUUGUCUAAACAAAAAGAAGAACUAUCUGCAUUCGUGUAAAAGUAAUCAAUGGAUUCUUCAUCGACAAUAUCCAUCACGAGAGAAGAGUUGAAUGCUUUUCACUUGUGUGACAGAGCACUUUUCUCUCGUCUUGUCAUAACUCUAAGACGAGACAUUGGCCAGUCUUAUCAAGUUAUGUGUUUUCUCCUCUAUCUCGAGACGAUUGCUCCUCACCUGAGAAACUUGAUAGCGGAUUUUGCCUCUUUAACGGACGUUUUCGUCAACAUGGUCGCUGACCAAGUCGUGACGUGCAUCAGCUGCUUGUCCUACGACGAUUUUCCAGCAUUCGUGACCCACUUGAGGAGAAACAUCCUCUCCCCAGAGAUACCUUAUAUCACGGAUGUAACAAGAGGGUACCUAACUCUCAUAGUCAUCCACAACAACCGUGAAAACAUUCUCUUUCAUAUGAAGAAGCAUCUGAUGCGUGUAUGCGUCCAAGCUUUUGAGGAUAUAUGUGUGCGUGCUGAGAUGUACAACAAGGAGAUUGAAGAGUGGGAAAAGGCGAUAGCGGAGAUGAGCCAGCUGGGAACUAGCAGUGUUGUUCAAAAUGGUGAAUCAAGUACUAGCCAGUUCUUGAGUCGUCGAGAAAACGCAGAAAAUAGGACUAUCUUCCUCACAUUUUCUAAAGGAUACCCAAUUUCCAAAGCAGAAGUGUUUGCCUACUUCACCAGGAGAUUUGGGGAAAUUGUAGAAGCGAUACACAUGGGUGGAGCGGGAGAGAAUGAACAAACGCUGUAUGCAACGAUGCAGUUAAGUUCUGUCUCCAAAGUUCCAGAGAUUCUAACCGAAGACAGGACCCAAUACAUCAUCAAUGGAAAACAUGUUUGGGCUCGAAAAUUCAUUCCCAGUCACAAAUCCUCCUAGCUCCCAUCAUCUUUCUCCCCAUUCCUAUGGAAACUUUUUCUAGUUUCAUAUGUUUUUCUUGUUUUUUUUUUAAUUUAUCUUAAGGAGUUGCGAAGGGCAUCACAUGCCCAUUUCUACAAAUUUGAGACCUAUUUUUAUUAUUGAGGGGGUGGGGACUUUCAUUGGUGAUUGACAUUUGGUUUUAUCUUUGAACUAUUUUUGCAUGGACUCAAGUUGUUCAUUUUUCAAAGAUCUUAUGGGCACUCUUGUCCAAAAUAAAUAAGCUUUUGGGACCCCAAAAGGCUGUGUUGGUGUGAUAAAAAAGAAACAAAAUUGAUCACUCACGGCUUCAUUUUUCACAUCCCGGAGUAUGUAUAAGGAUCUGACAUCGUUACCUGCCGGCCAUAGUAAUCCAGAGCUAUACUCUGGCCAAGUACACUGCCGAUGGUUCUGAUGCCAUUAAUGUUCAGGAACUUCAACAUGAUGUAGUCCAGUCCUCCUUGCAUCCAGGUGUUCAGAUCUGGAUUCUCUCUUACUUCAUACUCUGCAAUUUUAAAGAAACCAAAGAUAUCAAAGUUACAACACAGCACCAUUAAUAAGUUUUUAGCAGCUCAUCCAAAAAGAGAGUGGAACUGAAUUCACCAUCUUUUCUCAUCUCAGACAGCAAACCAGAAGAAUGCCUCUCCACGACUUUAAGAUACUCAUCAACCUCGUGUUCCCGUACAUUAAACAAGACAAUCGAUCCAUACUGGAAUACCACCAUGUAAAUGCACUCACUCCCACUUAUGCAACCACCAGUACCCUGAAUCAACAACAUCAACCUUUACUGUGAUAAGUAAUCCAGUGAAUCAGUUAAGCAAAAGAUACUAAAAGUGUACUAAUUUCCAGCCAAAAUGAUAGGAAUGCGAGGCCUUCGAUUAAACAAGCCAUCCAAGUGUUGAAUCUUGAAGCACCAUUGCCUCAUCUUCCUAUUAAAAUGCCUGUUGCAACUUAUCAUGUCUCGUCUACUGGAACGUCGGUGAGCUCUGGUGGUGCCAUUGCAACGUUUUCAAGUGCUCAAGUUGGUCGUUGAGGAGAUCUAUGUCGUGUGUGUGUGUGUUAUAUUUUAGUGAUUUUGCGUCUGUGUAACCGAUAGUACUUGUUUCUGUUACUCUUUGCUUGUGAAAGAAGUUUCUACAAUUGAAGCUGACUA